CCGUGUGCCGUUCUGGCCACUUCAAGCUUCAAGUUUGCAGCAGUUCCCUAUCACUGACUUCAACGACGAUCAUGUCUGGCAUCUGCAGAACGCGUCUUGCCGAGGAGCGCAAGCAAUGGCGUAAAGACCAUCCAUUUGGAUUUUACGCGAAGCCCGCUAAGGCGGCGGACGGCUCGAUGAAUCUCAUGGAAUGGGAGGUGGGUAUCCCGGGAAAACAGGGCACUGCAUGGGAAGGUGGAGUUUACAAACUAGUCAUGAUUUUCCCCGAAGAUUACCCCUCAAAACCGCCCAAAUGCAAGUUCACUCCGCCGCUCUUUCACCCGAACGUGUAUCCUUCUGGAACGGUCUGCCUAUCGAUUCUCGAUGAAGAGAAGGCAUGGAAACCGGCUAUCACAAUCAAACAGAUUUUGCUCGGGAUCCAAGACCUGCUGGAUGACCCCAAUGUGCUUGACCCAGCCCAGAGCGACGCAUACACCAUGUUCAAGAAUGACAAGACAGCAUACGAGAGGCGAGUGCGCCAGCAAGCCAGAGAUAACAUCCCGAAAUAAGCCACCGUCGACGCCUGCUUCGUUACGCCUCCGCAACUCCGCUCGCUUCGCUUCUCAUCCAUCCUGUGGUCCACGUUCUGCAUCUCUUCCUCACGUCAUCCUCCUUUUCUCUCGGCGGUCCCAUGGACAUCCUUCGACCCACUACAACGUGCUCUCUGUUGCUGUACUUCGCCGCAUGUAUGAGUUCUCUCAUCUGCGGUAGAUGCUCCGCCGGCCAACGUGCUGACGACGGAGCUUGAAAGAACAAUGACAAUGGGGUCGGCCUAUUGCGGGCCUCCCUUUCGCAUUGACUUCUCAAGGGCCGGACGAUUCGCAUUUCACGCUAGGGCGAGCUCCGAGUCCGGUAAUCUCAAUGUUUCUGGUAUCGGCGGAAAGCGUACCACGGAUCAAAUCAACGAUUCUGAUUGCCAUUCGCCGGAAUAGCAGCCCGACGACUGCUACAUACCUACAUAUUAUGUACGUUACAUGUGUUCGGUCGAAAUCUGCAAGCAGCGUGCAUCCGCC